AUGAGGAAAGUGACAGUCAGGUGUAUUCCGUUGUUCGCUGCGUUCGUGGUGAUUUCUGCGGUGAUCUUUAGUUUCAGUGAUGUAGUUGGUGGAACUACUGAUCCUAGUGACGUACAAGGACUUCAAGUUUUGUACACUUCACUAAACAGUUCAUCACAGCUAACUGGGUGGAAAUCUAGUGGUGGUGAUCCUUGUGGAGAGUCGUGGAAGGGAGUUACAUGUCAGGGUUCUGCUGUUGUCUCUGUUCGAAUUUCUGGGUUGGGUCUCAGUGGAACAAUGGGAUACAUGCUCAAUAACCUAAUGUCAUUAAAGACACUGGAUUUGAGUGGCAAUAAUAUUCACGAUGCAAUUCCGUUUCAGUUACCUUCUAACCUGACAAACCUAAACCUUGCAAGCAACAAUAUAAGUGGGAGCCUCCCUUAUUCCUUAUCUAGUAUGGCCUCUCUUAACUAUUUGAAUAUUAGUCGGAACUCGCUGUCCCAAUCGAUUGGAGAUAUGUUUGCCAAUCAUUCUGCCCUCGCAACAUUGGAUUUAUCAUUCAACAAUUUCACUGGAGAUCUUCCACCUUCCUUCAAUUCUUUGACAAAUCUCUCCACUCUCCAUAUGCAAAACAACCAACUUACUGGUUCUCUCAACAUCUUAGUUGGUUUGCCUUUGACUAACUUAAAUGUUGCCAACAACCAAUUUAGUGGGUGGAUACCAAAGGAACUAAGCUCUGUCCCUAAUUUUAUAUACGAUGGAAAUGCAUUUAGCAAUGGCCCAGCUCCACCGCCACCACCGUACACCUCGCCACCUCCAGGUAGCUCUCACAAUAACAGAAAUCGCUCUCCUCCUAGUGGUCAUUCUCCGGAUUCUGAUGGCCCACCUUCUAAUCAACACAACGGAAAUAAAAAGAAUGGGUUGAGUACUGGACCUAUUGUAGGUAUAGUUAUAGGAUCUUCACUGGCAGUACUCUUCGUUAUGCUUGCACUUGUUUUUUGCCUUCGAAGGGGCAACAAGAAGGAGAUUGUUGCUCGACCACCCUCAGCAGCAAGUCUUCCUGUCAGCACAGAUAAAGUGAAUAUGGAGAUGCAAGAGCAAAGGGCAAUGUCUACAGUUUCAGCAGCUGAUUUAAAGCCUCUGCCAGGAGAAAGGAUGACAGUUGAAAGAAUACAAGGGAAAAAUGGAUCUAUAAAAAGAAUGAUGUCGCCGGUAACUGCCACUUCUUAUACAGUUGCUGCGCUUCAAACUGCAACAAAUAGCUUUAGUCAAGAAAAUCUAGUUGGUGAAGGUUCUCUUGGUCGUGUGUACAGAGCAGAGUUCCCCAAUGGAAAGAUUAUGGCUAUUAAGAAGAUAGACAAUGCAGCACUGUCACUACAGGAGGAAGAUAAUUUUGUUGAAGCUGUUUCAAAUAUGUCACGCCUGAGGCACCCCAACAUUGUUCAGCUGGCUGGAUAUUGUGCAGAGCAUGGACAACGUCUUCUGGUUUAUGAUUACUUUGGAAAUGGCAGCUUGCAUGAUAUGCUGCACUUUGCUGAUGAGAGGAGCAAGAUGCUUACAUGGAAUGCACGGGUUAGAGUAGCACUUGGCACUGCUCGGGCUUUAGAGUAUGCAAUACACAUUUCAUCAACCCAUAUGGUUGGUUCAUUCGGUUACAGUGCUCCUGAGUUUGCCUUAUCUGGAAUAUACACUGUAAAGAGUGAUGUAUAUAGCUUUGGUGUGGUUAUGUUGGAGCUUGUGACAGGUCGGAAGCCACUUGAUAGUUCAAGAGUGAGAUCAGAACAGUCUCUUGUGAGAUGGGCCACUCCUCAACUUCAUGACAUUGAUGCUUUAGCAAAGAUGGUUGACCCUUCACUAAAUGGCAUGUAUCCUGCAAAAUCUUUGUCCCGGUUUGCAGACAUUAUUGCCCUGUGUGUCCAGCCUGAACCCGAGUUUAGGCCCCCCAUGUCUGAGGUUGUGCAAGCACUGGUUCGCUUGAUGCAAAGGGCGAGCAUUGUCCAAAGAAGGUCCAGUGACGAUUCAGGUUUUGCAUUCAAGACUCCAUAUCAUGAAGCAACUGACUUGCCAUAA